AUGGCCACCCCCACCCCGUUCGAGCGACUCGCUCUGCACGGGGUGGCCCAUGUCCGCGCCGCCGUCUUUGCCCGCACAACGGCCGCCGCCGCCGCCGCGCCGGCCGCCGCCGCCGCCGCCACAGCCAUCCAGGCGGCAGCACGUGGGGCAGCAGUGCGGCGGGAGGCGAGCGAAGCAGCAGCCGCAGCCGCAGUUAUCCAGCGGGCCUGGCGGGCACACCUCGCCCGAGCAGAAGGCGAGGCCGCCGUAGACGCAGCUGCUGCUGCCCUCGCCGCCGCUUGGUACGCCGCCGCAGCCACAGCCAUUCAGCGGGUCUUCCGUGGCUUCAUCUCGCGCAAGUAUGUGGCGGACAUGCAGCGGCGGCGGGCGUAUCUCGAUGCGGUGGCGGCGAACAACGCCGUGGUCCGCAAGGAGCUCGACGCCUAUGCCGCUGCCUCGGCUGCCGCGGCAGCAGAGGCUGACGCCGCCGCCAUGGCCCACGCCUUUCUCUCGGCCGCUACCUCGGUCCACCACCUCGUCGGCACUGCCGCCAUCCCGGGCGUGUUUACCCCUGCCGGUCGCCCGCCGCCCAUCUCGCCGUUUGGUGACACCGUGGAGGAGUCGAUCAAGUACGCGUUUGCCCGCCAGAUGGCCGCCGCCCCGGCGCCGCGCGCCACCGGCCCGCCCCGCCCGCCGUCCUCGGUCUCGCCCAACGCCAUGUCGUCGCGUGCUGCUACGCGACCGCAGCCGGCGGGGCCGUUCAAGCCGCGCACAAAAGUCUGGCGCCAGCGCCUCCGUGUGGCACAGCCCUCCACCAAGCGCGCCGACCCCUACGACGCCUCCAAGCACGUCGCCCGCGACGAGGCCCGCCUCUCCAAGCUCCUCCGCGUCGUGCCCGACGACUUUGUCGCCGUUGUCCCACCUUCCAAGGAUCCGCCACUCCCGGUAGGCUCGGUCCGUGCCUCGGAUCCCUACGCCCCGCUGAGGCCCGACAAGAUCUUCCGCGCCAACGAGCCUGCCGCAGGCACCCGCCCGCGCUUCCGCGCCACCUUCCGUACCCGUGAUCACUUUGGGCAGGAUCCCGAGGACUACGCCAACGUCGUGGUGUGAGUCAACCCCUGCUUUAUCCCGCAUCUACCGCUGUCACUCGCGCCGACGGACCUCAAAGCUCCCGUCGCUCCGCCCGAUAAAGACCUCGCUGGCAAGGCCGGCAAAGAGCCC